UCAGUACUGAGACACGAUGUUUGUGCAAAUGGGUACCCGAACUGAUAUUCCGAUCGGUUAAUGAUUGCCGUAGCUCAGUUUUUAUCAAUUUGUGCUGCAUGUUUGCACUGUUAUCACUGUUCAAUUUCAGCACAGGCACAGUCCCGUUCAAACCUGUGGAAUGUUCGGACCGUGAUUCAUAAUAAGUGCGAUAAAUGAUCUUAUAGAUUCAUAAGCGGUUGUGGCGAACGAAUACGAUAACUAUGGAUAUGCUUAAUAGAAGUGAAGAUUACACGUUUCAAAGCCUCACAUCGACUGACAAUGAUUCGUUCAACGGGAGAAUGAUAUCUGAAUCGGAAGCCGAAACGUCAAUCAAUGAUCAAAAGAAAGUGAAGCGAAGAGUGCGCAACAAUGUUCGCAGCGCACGCGUCAACUCAGCGUACACACCUCACAAUCGUUUGUCACGAUACAAAACCGCGUUGAACGGCAUAAUCCCAUUCCGUGUGAGCAAUACUGGAGAUACUGAUCUUCCAGUGGACAAUGUAGGUUGUCUGUCCAACAGUUCAUUCACCUGGAUAAGAAAAUUUAUCAUCUCUCCGGCAAAGCAACGAGCCUACCAGAACAUUCCGACAAACACUCGCAAUGCCAAACAGGACGAGAUUUUUCUCUUACCGAAACGGCCCUACAGUGAUAGCUGUGAGGUGAAUUGCCGACGACUCCUGGGCAUCUAUAAGUAUGAAGAAACAAUGAAUGGUCGAAAAAAUGUAUCAAUGUUCAAAGUUAUCUGGAGAUUCACGAGAACCCGACUAUUGAUCGCUUCGAUAUUCCACUGUUUGGCUAUCUUUCUGACAUUUCUGGCAAUAGUACUGUUUUCCAAUUUUACAAUCGAAUCGAUGCAAACGAUCGUAUCUAGCAGUUGCCAAAAUUGUUCGUCCAUUUCAAACUGUUCCAAUGCACCUCCAAAGAUUCUUGGAAUCAAGUUCGAAACUAAUCGUCAAACGUGUUCUAGUUCAGCUACUCUGGUAACGACAGAGCACAUAACUGAUCGAAUAUUGUUGUCACUGGGAGUAUAUUUUUGCUUCUUUGGGUCUAUGAUUUUUAACAGUGUUAAGAACUGGCUUAACCUGCGGACCGCAAUACGCCUGCGAACCGCUGUACUAUCCUCCAUUUACAAACGAGCAAUGAAAAGUAAUAUCGUGAACAAUAUUUCUGCUCACCAACUGAUGACGAUGACAAACGAAGAGAGUGAAAUACUUUUUCAAAUUGUGGAAUCUGGUGUACAACUGAUUGGAAUUUUUGUGGGACUAAUUUUAACAUUCGCAGCUGGAUUCUAUUUGCUUCCGCUAUCCGGAAUUUUGCCAUUGCUUGGAGUUCUGCCAUUGCUUCUACUACUAUUAAUUACAGGGAGUAUAUCCAAGGCUUACUACAGAAAGUUUCUUGCUUUUGGCGCUCGAAAGUUAUCCGUUGUUGAAGAAAUCUGUUUAAAUUUCAAAAACAUUAAAUCCCUUGAGUUAGAUCGCACUUUCAUAGAUCGAUUUGUCGAGUACCUAAACUGUCAAUAUCGGGCAUUACAAUGGUGCAAUGUAUACUCGACAAAAUUUUCUGGAGGCGUGACAUCAGCCAUUCUCAUCGGUGGACUUUAUCUUAUUUGGUGUGACACUAAUAUAAAAACAGAGAGUACUGAAGUUUUAAUUCUAUUAUUGAUAUUUGCAUUCCAUGUCCAAAAUCUAAUGUUGGAUUUGUGCAAUUGCAUCUAUUAUGUGCUGCAAGGAAAAGCAGCACUAGAUAAGCUGAAGCAGUCUUACCAACUGUCCAGUCCUGACAGUGUGCGACUUAAGCCGAACCGAGAGAAUUUGGCCAUCCAAGCCAACGAGGUCGAGGUUGACUGGCCAACAGCGAUGAAUGGGAGUAGUCAACAUUUCAAACUCUAUUUGGACAGUUUCGAAGUAGUAUCUGGACAGAUAAUCGGUAUUACAGGCAAUGCUGGAACUGGAAAAACGACUCUAUUGCACACCAUUCUGCGUAACACGGACGUUCGGAAAGGAAAAGUACUUCAGAGAGGCAAGUUAGCAUUUUUCCCUUCCGAUCCUGUUCUCAUGAACGCCAGUUUAAAGGAAAAUGUGCUGUUUGGAGAACCAAUGGAUGCACAGCGUUACUACUUGGCCACCAAUGCAAUGAAAUUGAAUGAAGACAUUCUACAGGCUGCUGGAGCAGAUGACAUACCGAUAACUUAUCUCGAACUAACCGUUCAACAGUUGGAACGAAUUGUGUUGGCACGUGCAAUCUACUGCCAUCGCCAGAUAAUACUGCUUGAUGAACCGUUCAAUCGUUUCACCGACCGCCAGGUGGCGAAAGAACUUUUCGGUAACAUGCUGAAUAUUUUCCAACAGCAGCACAAAACCGCUGUUAUUGUGACGCAGUUCAAUGAGCUUCUGCAAUUUUGCGAGCGCGUGUUUCGCAUCGAGGAUGGAGCUAUAUAUCGCGAAGGAAGCUACGCUGAAAUCAACAGCAUGCCAUCGUACAUGGAAAUGACUCGAAUAAGUAAUAUUGCAGUAUUUUGUCGUGGUGUAGGACAACGACACUGUUCGGGAAGUGAUCCAGCUGCACUAUAUAUUUCAAAAAGUGCUUUUCGUAAAAGUAAUCACCUAUCGACGGUGCCAAGCGGUAGUACGCAGGAUACUGAUUCCAUUCAGUUUUAUCAAUCCAAGCACAGAGCUGCAACAGAUCAUGUUCGACACUACUCUAUAUGUGACUACAUUUCACUCAUUUCACUUCACCUGAUCAACAAUUUACUCUAUUUCGGUCCGAUAUUCACGCUAAUAGUAAUUGUUGAACAAGGAGAUAUUAAUCCGUGGUUGAGUACAAUCUGUUUGGGAGUGAUCGUGUGCACCUUUUUCAUCGACAACAUUUGUAAGAUAUACGUGGCGCGAGUUACGGCAAACCGAAAUAAAUCUUACCAACAAUUGCUUAUCAAAGAACUAUUGAGAUCUUCAUUGGCAUACUUGCAAUCUACCAGCAUUUCGGAUGUGAUAGAUUUAUUCGUUGAUACCAUAACGAAUGGGUUCACGUACAUCGACAGUAGCAUUCAACAGGCAUUGAUGAUUGCAUUAUCCCUCACGCUGCUCAUAAUAGCUAACUAUUGGACGGUGUUCAUCAUUUUCGUUCUGGUACCGAUCACAGUUGCAUUAAUUCUCUACCUAAAAUAUAGCCUACAGCAUCUUUACAACUAUGAGCAUCUCUCCAAGAAACGAAUGUUCUCAAUUCUAACCAACCACCUUCUAGGGCGGGCUGUGACGCAAUCUUUUGAUUACGUAUCGAACUUCGUACAAGAAUUCUAUGACAAUGUGGAAGAGAACAGCACAGCGAUCUUCAUGUACAAAUCAAUACAAUUUUUUGUUGAGUUUUGGGUAAACUUCUGUGCCUUCUUCGUGGGAAUGUUGGCUUUACUGUUGAUUCUGCUUCUGACGCCUGAUUCGGAAAUGUCGAUUCACCGCUACACACUGGCUAUGUUCGCCUAUCUGACGCUUGUAAGUAGUUUGCAACGAUUCGUAGGAAGUAUGCUUCAAUCUGUAAUAGCUGGAAAGAAGAUAGAUGUUCUUCAAAAUAACAUCAUGGAUCUACAAACUAUAGAAGAAACACAUCAACCAUCGACACUCACCAAUUCUGACAUUGGAGUAUCCGUAGUCUUUAAGGAUGUCGUUUAUAGAGUGGCAAAUGAAAAAAUACUGAAAAUUCCCAAGCUAAUGGUUCAAGCCGCCGAAACUGUCGCUUUAACUGGCAAAGGAAGUCAGUUAAUAAUUCCUCUAUUGUGUCGAAUUAUUUCACUCAAUAAAGGAACGGUUAGUUUAAAUCAAAUCGAUAUCGCACGAUUAAAUGUCGAACAGCUGCGACAUCAGAUCGGUGUAAUACCAGGUGAUCCGAAGGCGAGCAAUAUUUCGGUUGGAACAUUCCUUAAUCCGGAUGGUAAAAUACGAACUGAUCAGGUGAACAAUGUAUUGAAGGAGGCUAAACUGUUCGAAGCGGUCUCGCAGCUGCCGGAUAAAUUAGAUAGUGAAUUUUACCAACUGUCCCUGAAAGAUCGUCAGUUGCUCUGUUUAGCGCGGUGCUUCUUGAAAAAACCAUCCCUUUUGCUGGUGGAACAAAUUCAUCCGGAUAUAUGUGAUAUAAUCAAUUCGGCCAUACAGAAGAAGUUCAUCGAACAAACGGUCAUCAUAAUUGGUACUCAUGAGAUACAAUACAAAACCGUUUGUGAUAGGCUGAUAAAUUUGGAUACUCUAUAAGAAUCAGAUGUUCCUUGAGCGGAAAAAUUGGUUUUGUUCGGUUUUCGGAUUCACGUGUGACGUUUUUCGUUCAUUUCGCCCCUUAUUUGGGAGGAAUCUGCGAAAAGUUUUGAUUGGAAUCAAUAAACUAGUAUCAUGGAACAACAGCUUUCUUUUGUUUAGUUAAUUUUCCCAAUUUCACAUUUAUUUGUUUACAUUAAAUUUUAUUUAUUAUACCACUUUGAAUACUAUUUACAAUUUUUCAGUGGUAUAGUUUAUUAGCAUGAGAUCGUUGGUAAGAUGGUUAAGUCGAUUAUCACGUCGUGAUGAUAGGGGGCGUGGGGAGGAUCUAGGAUGAAAAAAUAAACAUUAUUUUGACUAAUUUUUUGGCGUUAUCGUUCAAAAAUAAAUUCAAAUGUUUUGUAUAA